AUGGCAAACCUGAAGAAGCUUUUCCAACCGACUUCUCCCCGGUCUGUGGUAGACCUUCACGGUGUUAGCAGCCAGCAAUACGCCAGCCAAUUCCCAAACAUAUCCAAUGGCGAGCCCGCGUCGCCUGCGUCGCUCUACGACAUUCCGUCAACGAAAGAUGUGAAUCGGCAUUACGAGGGGAUCGAAAAGCAAUUCGAGCAGUUACAUGAGACCUUCUACUCGCGAACGCUUGCGUCCCUCCGUCAGUUCCGAUACGCUGGGUCUAGCGACCAGGCGAAACAGAGAAACAGACAUGUGGAUGUCGUCGAAGCCGUAUUUUCAAGACAUCGCUACCAAAUGACGACUAGGUCCAUGUCCCCGAUAACUCCGUAUAACGAAGAUAUUGCGGAUCGAAAUAUUAUUGCGCAAUACCUUCCACGGGUAGACCCUCGGUUUUCCCAUCUGAUAUCCUCCUCGUAUCAAGAAGAUGUGGCCGACAGGAAUAUCUCAAGAUCGAAGAGCAACCCGAUUUACAGAGGCCCUCGGUCCAGCGGUCUAAGUGUGAGGUCUCACCACCGUGAGGAAAGAAGGAGCCUGCGACCUAAACCUCAUCGUGAUCCACGGACAAGUUACCCUCCAGCGGAUGUGCCCAAAGCUCACCACGAAAACAGGGCCUCCUCACCAUCGCUGACAGUGGACAAUAAUCGGUUGAGCUUGAGACCUCAAGCUUCUGCGCCAGACCUUGGUCUCUCAGAAAUCAAAACGCCGGAUCUCGCCAGUUUUCCACGACCUCCAACUUCUUCGGGAGUACUUGGGGGAUCCGGAGAAGCAGAGACAACUAAAGAUAAUUCACCAGCUUCUAGUGAGAAGGUGAAAGCUGAGGCUUCUUCGAGCUCGAGGUCCACAUCUACGAAUUCUCGAGCAAGCGGAAAAAAGAACGUGCGUGAUCUCAGUAUCAACACGAGUAUCACUUCCAUGAAGAAACCGAGUAUUAGGAUAGAGCAUUGCGCCAUCCAACCUCCAGCUCCCAGCAACAAUCAGGCUGUCUCAAAGAACGCCAGUAUCGAUGAGAUUGUGCACACCCCCCUCCUGACCGUCACCCCAAAUCACUUCACGCCGCAACCGUCCCCUGGCCUGGAUGUUGACGAAAUCAUGAGGAUACUUAAGCAAGCAUACAUCUCGAAUCACAAAUACAGCCCCCAAUACCCCACAUUUGAGUCGCUGCAAGAAGUAAUCAUCCGUGAAAUCAACUCUCAUGACGCUUUUCGCAGUGUCCCCUUUCCGACAGAUGAACUCCCAUUCACACCCCCAGCUUCAGACAACUCACUUGAUGACAAUAUCCUCUUACCGCCACCUGGGCCGUCAAGGGUUAAACCACUUCCUCCGGAAAAAGAGAGUCCGUUGUCUAGACUGAUGCGCAGACGAUCGAAUAUGGGACCCGGAAACAAAAGUCCACCUCUGAAUAACUCUUCAAACAGCUCACCAACAUAUCAUGAUCACCAGAACACUGAAACUGAUAAAUAUCAAACUGCGACAAAAAGGCCUUUUCCCAGAGAGGUGCAGCCAACAGUCAUACCUAGAAGACGGCGACACACAUAUGGAGAGCCUCCCACUCCUUCAACAUCAUUUACAACCACACAACCUCACGCUCACUCUCAAUACCAACCUGAAUACUACACUCAACAACCAUCCAUUUCUCACUCCCACUCUACCUCUUGUUCGAACUUUAGUCUCUUCCCUUCCGCCAAAACCCCCCCGCAACCCCGGUAUAAAUCACAUUUCAAACGCAAAUCAGACCCCGUCCCUCCGUCUCCGCAUAUCAACGAUUUCGUCUCUAACGAUGCUGCUACGCCACCCAUCUAUCCCAGUUAUGUGCGAAGAUAA